AAAAAGAAUGCGUUGUUCCUGAUAUAGAACAAAACACAUUUGUUCAGCCCCAGAAAGAGAAAUAUGUCAUUGGGGACGUGUUGAAAUUCUCCUGCAGACAAAGACUGAAACUUGUUGGACCAGAUUCAAUUCAGUGUUACAACUUUGGGUGGUCUCCAGAUCCUCCAACAUGUAAAGUGGAAGUGAAACCGUGUGGUCCACAUCCUCAGCUCCCCAAUGGGACAGCUACAAACACGCCGAAAGAAGAACAUGAACACGGUGAAGUUGUGGAGUACGUCUGCAACCCCAGGUUUCUGCUGAAGGGUUCUCGGAAAAUUCAGUGUGUUGAUGGGGAGUGGACAUCCUUGCCCCGGUGUAUUGAGGAAAACAGCACAUGUGAAGUCAUACCUCACAUCGUUCAUGGCUCCGUCUAUUCCCAGGAGCAUCCCUAUCACCAUGGAGAGUCUGUGCAGGUCAGCUGCACAGAAGGGUUCACAUUGGUGGGGCCCAGAUCAGUUACAUGUUUGAAGGGAAAGUGGACCCAAACACCUGAGUGCAUUGACACAGGUAACAUUGAGACAUGUAAAUUACCAAGGCCAAAUGGAUAUGAGCCACUCCAGUCAGAUAGGAUCGACUAUGACCAUAAUGAGCAAGUGAAUUACACGUGCCGAAGAAGGUCAGAGCAGAAGCACUCAGUCUGCGUCAAUGGAAGAUGGGUUCCCGAAGUGAACUGCACAGAAAUACCAAGAUGUCCACCUCCUCCUCAGAUUCCCAAAUCUAAAAAUAUGACGACCACAGUGAAUUAUCAGGAAGGAGAAGCAAUCUCUAUUCUCUGUCAAGACAAUUCUCUGAUUCUGGAAGCAGGAGAUCUCGUGUGCCAGGGUGGAAUCUGGAAGUCAGUCCCACGCUGCAUUGAGAAAACACCGUGUCCUCAGCCACCUGAUAUAGAACAUGGAACUGUAAAUUCCUCCAGAUCAGAAGAAGAAAGAGAAGAAACAGUGGAGCCCAAGCUCUAUCCACAUGGCACUAAAUUACAUUAUGUUUGUGAAGACGGUUUCAAGAUAACUGGGCAUCAUGAGAUAACAUGCCGCCUGGGGAAAUGGAGUCCCCUACCUCAAUGUGUAGGACUUCCUUGUGGACCACCACCUUCAGUUUCCAAUGGGGCUGCACUGAACAGGAAAAACAGAUAUGAGUAUGGAGAAGAAUUUACCUACAAGUGUGCCCGAGGAUUUACCAUUCAUGGACCUGCAUCUGUGAUAUGUUCAGGAGGAAAAUGGAGCCCUCCCCCAGAAUGCAUAAAGACAACUUGUCCUUCCCCACCCAGCUUUGAUAAUGCCGAACCCACAAACGUAAACAAGAACAAGAAAGUAUAUCAGUCAGGAGAUGAAGUAGCUUACAGAUGUCGACAGCCCUACCAAAUGGAUGGAUCCAAUGUUGUUCGCUGUAUGACUGGCAGAUGGAUAGGGACGCCCACAUGCAGAGAUAAUUCCUGUGGGAGUCCUCCCAUAGUCAAAAAUGCCACUAUACAAAACAAGAUGACUAGGUAUCAGUCUGGUGACAGAGUACGUUACGAAUGCAAGAAAUCUUUGGACCUCUUUGGGGAUGUAGAGGUGACCUGUAUGAAUGGGAGCUGGACUGAACCACCUCAGUGCAAAGAGUCCAAAGGAAAAUGUGGGCCCCCUCCAACCAUCGACAAUGGGGACAUCACCACAUUCCCAUCAGCCGUCUACGCUCCAGGAGACUCGGUGGAGUACAAAUGCCAGGCCUACUAUAAACUUCAGGGAAACAGGAUAAUAAGAUGUCGUGAUGGAGAGUGGUCACAACCACCCAAAUGUUUAGAGGCAUGUGUAAUAUUAGAAGAAAUGAUGGAAAAACAUAACAUACAGUUAAAAUGGAAACAGGACAAAAAAAUUUAUUCAGAAUCAGAUGAUAGUAUUGAGUUCACCUGCCGACGUGGGUAUCGUGCAAAGUCACCAUCUUCCUCAUUCCGGGUAACGUGUAAGGCAGGAAAACUGACGUAUCCCACCUGUGAAUAAAAUGAUGGUUAUGUUGCAUUCUGAAAAUUGAAAUACAUGUACUCAUUUAGAGUAUUUUAUAUUAAUCCAAUUCUCUAUUUUUUCAAGUAUAUUUUAUCUCAUUUUUCUUCAUAAUCAGAAUUUAUGUUGAUAUCAUUAUAAUGUGAAAGACCAAUGAAUUGCUCUGAAAAGGAUCUCAUUAAAAUGUGGCAAACCACAA